UGGACAGGCAGAGUUUUGAACGCCUAUUUUUUUUUUUUUAAACAGAACUCUCAAGAGUUUGGCAUUUCCUCUGAGCUCACACACUGAGAGGCCGCUCUCCUGUUUCACACAAUGCUCACUUGCGACAAAAGCGGGGAUUUUCAAACAUCCUGAAUGAGAGGACUCCUCUUGCCCUCGGCACACGCCACAUCUACAAAGAAACUUCACAGGGUGAACUUCCCCUUACACAACAGUUUUUGUUUGAGAGGACGGAAAGAACAUCAGUUUGGUCUUGUUUUCAGCAUCUGGGCGAGUGGUUCAGCAUGGGCUAGCCCCAACUUUUCCCGUAGAGCUAGAGUGGACUGGAAGAGAACAAGGAGGAGGAGGAUGAGCAUUUAUACUCUCAACCUCAGGUUGUUCUGGCCGCUGGUCACUUGCAUUCUCACUGCUCUGCUGCUAUUGCACCAGUACAUCUUCAGAGGAGCCGAGGACCAAGGGAAUGACUGUGCGGACCAGGGACUUGGAGCUGUCACAUUCUUCAAGUACAUCAUAGCUUUUAUCUUAUUUUACUUCUUCUUAAAGUACUGCUCAACUCAACCUGGCACUGCCAGGAGGGGUUUCCACAAAGUCCCGGAGGUAAACGGAAAAUCAGGAGUCUCCAAGAGAGAGCUACUGGACGAUCACUACGAGAGGCAUGUGCGUCUUUCUCCACAUGUGCUGGGCCACAGUAAAGCCCAUGUUGCCAAGCUGGUGAGUGAACUUGUCAGGGUGGGUCGCACCGAUGUCCUGCCGGAGUCUUCUCUGGCCUUCCGGGGUGACUUCAUCCAGAUCGGCAGCUCCUAUGAGGAACACAAGGUGGGCUCACCUGACUGCUUUGACAUCCUCGUGCCUCUGAGGGCACCUCGUGGGCUAAAAUUAGAGACCGGUGUUUGCACAGAAAAACCUGGAGGGCCACCGCUUUGCACGCUAAACACACCUCGCAAAGCGGAAUGGACACGCCGUCACAAGGCCUUCAUGGACACGUUCAUGCACUUGCACAAUGCUCAAAGUGUCUAUAGGAUGAGCCCAGAUUCCGUCCAGCGCUGGUUUUACACAGCUACCCAGCGCCGCCUCGCUGCCGUCCGUUACCCGUUUGAGCAGCGCUGUUCCCUUAGCCUGUCUCUCAGUGAGGAGCAGCAGGUGUUCCUUCGUCUGACCCCCCGCUCCGAUUACGUCUGCUGCCACAUCUCCAUGGGCAUUCGCCUGAUCCCAGCCUUUCCUCUUGCUGAUGGCGCCUUCUUGGUAGCAUCCCAGCAGGGUCAGCGAGGAGAAGACCUUUGGACGGUGUACUUUCCCAGACAGGAGCAGAGACUGCUGGCAUGGCUAAAAGGUAGACUACCACCCAACUCGUGUCAUCUGAAGUGCCUUCAGCUCCUUAAAGAGAUACGUAACCUCAGUGGGGAGACUCUGGACCAGCAGUCUGGAGCUGAGUGGGGAGGAGUGCUUUCAUCCUAUGCUUUGAAGACGGCUUGGCUUCGUCUACUACUCAGUACACCCCCUGAAACCUGGGAUGAGUGUAACCUUGUGGACCGGCUGGAUGAUCUUCUUCGCAGUCUAAGGGAGAGCCUACAGUCUCGGGCUCUCUGCCAUUUACUCCUUGGAGGCAUUAGUGGGUUUCUGCCAGACUCUAUCGUUCUGCCCAAACUUGUAAAGGAGACAGUACCCUCCAACCUGUGGGCAGAAUUCAGUGAUGUCACCCUUGACAUGGUCUCCGCCCGACUGGCCUACUCCUGGAACCACCUCCCUCGCCUGAUUCGCCUCGGGCGACCACAGAGGACCAGUCUUGGCAGAGGUGUCCACUGCAAAUAUAUCGAUGCAGAGUAAAGGUCAACUAUAGCUGGUAUUGCUGAACACAAAUAGAUGUUAAAUUGUUUUUUUUUUUUUUUUGCUCAAGGGUAGCAGUAAAAGACAAGAAUGUAAAUAGUAGCAUUCAGUUGGUACAGCAAUACUUUAUCAAAUCAGUCUUUGUUCUGUACAAAAUACAAAUCAGUAUUGUACUGUAAUUGUAGGACGUUCUUUGAAAUUCGAUUCGAACUGAAUAUUCAAAUUUCAGUUUGUGUUUAUUUUCUGCUCAUGCAAAUUUAUUUAGUAUUUCUAGAGAAAAAUUCUGAUAUGUCAAAAUUUACACUUUAAAAGAACAGUAAACAUUUUAGAUAUUUAGUUCACUCCAGGUAUUAGUUUGGAGAUAAAACUCAUGCGUCUGAGCUGGUAGACUUGUGUUGACUCAGGGUGACCAUGAUGUGUUGGUUCUGGGGUAGUGAGUAGUCAAAACAGCAUAAACACCAAAGUUUUUCCACACCCACAAAGUAUUUGUAAUGCCAGCCUAAACAGAUGAACAUCCUGUUUUGAAGGAGAGAACUGCAGUGUGACCACUGUAAAAUAUAUUCUGCUGUGACAUUUUGAUCAAACAGUGUAAAAUUUAUAGCCGGAUCAUUGCAAAACACCUUACAUAUCCAAAUAUAUCCUUUAUUUUGAAUGAAUGAAUGAGUAAUAUUGUUUCAUAACUUAAGCAUUCCACUGAUGAGUAAAAUAAUAAUUGGUGCUAUAUAUCACCUCAGUUCAUUUCCUUAAUUAGUCCUCUUAAGGAUAAGGCACUGAUGGCAUGGCCUUUGCUUCACUUCAUCUUACUUGUCUACAGGGACCCCAACAUGCGUGCACAUGAUCUUCUCCCUCAGAGACAUGCCUCUACAGGAAGUCACCAUGGAGACAUGCUACCUCAGCCCAGGGUCACUUAUUCAUGCUGUAGCUUUAGUUUUAAUGGCUGGUUGCAUUUACUUUCACAAAGGAAGCAGAGAUCUAUACUGAUCUUUUGCAGGUACUAAGUGCCACCGGGUUAGGUUGUAGGUUGCUUUCGUGUUCAUACCUCAUGCAUCAACUGGUUCUUGAACAAAGUGUUCAUGGUCUUGUAUGUCAGACAAAUCUUUGUUUCAUCAGCUUCCCAGAGAAAUGUUUGUGGUACCUAAGCAAAAGUCUUUGUGGCUUAUUUUUGUCUGUUGUCUGAAAGCAGAACAGAAAAUGAAAUACGGAAAUGAAACAGGACACGCUCAUGAAAACCAUCCUUAUAUUUAGUCCAAAUCAAGUCUUAAAAUACAGAGUAACUAAUGUUGAAUGUAUAUUUACAUUAAUGUAUAUGUCAUUUAAUGUAAAUUUGGUACUGUAUGUGAAUGUAAGUUGAUUGUAAAGCACAUUGUACUUGAUGUACAUAUUAGAGAAAAACAAUCUGUGUGUGUGUGUGUGUGUGUGUGUGUGUGUGUGUGUGUGUGUGUGUGUGUGUGUGUGUGUGUGUGUGUGUAUCGUAGAUAUAAUUUAUACAUCUACUUUAAUACAUGAAUUGAAAUAAAU